AUGCCUGUCAAUAUUAAGAAAAAUUUUAAAAGACUAGGCUAUCGAAUACCAAUCGAUUUAAAGAAGCAUCGAGCAAAGAUAAUGUCAAAACCUCUCAAAAAUAUUAUCGUGAAGUUGAUUGUUGGCGCGGGACAGGCAGCUCCAUCGCCGCCUGUCGGUCCAGCGUUGGGUUCUAAGGGUAUAAAAGCCAUUGACUUCUGUAAAGAAUUCAAUGCCCGCACGGCGUCUUACCAACCGGGGACCCCCGUUCCAGUGCUGAUCACAAUAAAGCCUGACCGCUCGUUUGCGUUUGAGAUGAAGUCACCCCCAACCGGAUUCCUCCUCCUGAAAAGCUUAGGAAAAGAUAAGGGCAUGGGCCAGCCUGAUGUGAAGAGCCCCGCAGGAACACUAGGAGAACUGUCUCUGAAGCACAUCUAUGAAAUCGCAAAGAUCAAAAAAAGUGAUGGGAGACAUGCAUCGCUUGGGAUGGAAAGCAUUGUUAAGUCCGUGGUUGGGGUCGCGAAGAGCAUGGGUAUCAACGUGGUGCCAUAA